AGUAUCAUCCUACUUUAUUACUUAGCUUCUAUUAUAGCACAUCUGUUAUGAUGCUAUGGUGCAGCUCCUGGCUAGUAACUCACUUUUAAACUUUCUACAAGAAGCAAACAUACCAUCUUAAUUUCACGUAUGGCUAAAUUAACAGCACAAUACAAGGAGUAUCAGACAACAUUUAACCUUGUUAAAUGUUCCUGUUUUAAUCAUUCAAAUAUAAGCAAAGCUAACAAACUAGCCGGGGUUAGCACAGUUAGCCUGGUGAGCCAGUCCUUUAGUUAGCACCACAGUCUGCUCAGUAGCAACUUGAGAACAACAUCGUGCUUCUGAAGUGCAUUUGGAAAAGACAAGCCCGGCAAAGAGCACAUUUAUCCGCCAUUUUUACAAGGCGCUGAUGUUUUCUUAACCCACCCUGUGUCGGUGUAUCUUGGCACGGGAAUGAAACGGAAGUUACUUUAGCAAAGUAACGUUAGCGAGCUGGAUGCUAACGUUAGCACACAAACCUGUCCACCAGCAGAGCAUUGGGAGUUCAGACUUGCAGGUUGGAAUGGGAGCUAUAGAUUGGAGGGAGUUUGGAGCUCCUCCCUGACAGAUCUGUAUGGACAAAAGCUUUGUCCCUUUGGGUGUCAGGCCUGUUACGUUGACAUCAGCAGUGCAGCAAACUAAGAAGAACUUUCAAUCUUCUGACUAAGAAGACUAAGAAAUCCAGGAUGCCAUUUCUGCCCCAACGUCAGCAGACAGCUCAAUGGAGCACACGCUGCUACCUGGCAUGUUUAUUCAUCAUGAUCACCCACUCUGGACCAGUUACUCCGCUUACUGCCCCUCCGGUGACAACAGGCCUCCGCUCUGCUUUCUCUGCCACACAAACCAACAGUGUAGUAGGAGGCAAGCAGAGGGCAGUGACCUUCAACAGGCUCAUGGUUAACAUCGGAGGGGAUUUCAAUCCAGACACUGGUCACUUUCGCUGCCGUAUCCCCGGGGCUUACUAUUUCUCCUUCUCAGUGGGGAAGUUUCCAAAGAAAAUGCUUUCUGUCAUCCUGGUGAAGAAUGGGGAGGAAGUGCAGGCUAUGGCCUAUGAUGACUACCGCAAGAAAGGAAGGAAAGUUCAAAGCCAAAGUGUGAUGAUCACUUUGAAGGAAAUGGACACAGUGUGGCUGCUUUUACAGCAGAGUCCUCAGUAUGCUUUGUACAGCAAUGCUGGUCCUUACAUCACCUUCUCUGGCUACCUCAUCUAUCCUGACAACUCCCCAACCAGCUACAUCAGCAACCACCUGGCCCCACCAGGGCUGUCCUACCCAAACUGCCCCCCUCAGGCUGAUCCCCAGGCCAGAGGUCAGGCAUCAGAGCAGCCACGGUCUGCCUUCUCUGUGGCACGGACAUCCACACUCAUGGGUCAGAGUAGCAGGCAGCAGGACAAGCCAGCUCUGAACUUUGAUGUGGAGUAUGUCAACAUUGGCGGCCACUUCAACAAAACCUCAGGCCUGUUCACCUGCCACUUCCCGGGGGCAUACUUCUUUGCCUUCACUGUGGGGAAACACCCUCGUAAGGCUGUUUCUGUGAAGCUGAUGACCGGAAAGGGCGAGGUGCAGGCGAUGGUGUUUGAUGAAGACACAUCGAAGAGACGGGAGAUGCAGAGUCAGAGUCUGCUGCUGACUCUCCGUCAGGGUGACAGUGUUUGGCUGUACAGUCAGCAGGAUGAGCGUUAUGCUGUCUACAGCAACCAGGGAAGGUACACCACCUUUUCUGGCUUCCUAAUUUAUCCUGAAGAAGUACCGCUUACAUCCCCAAACAACCAGGACAGAACUCACUUCUAAAUGUCUUCAAAAAAAAAAAAAGGAAAAAAAAGAGAGAAGAUAGCAGAAAGAACUCAAAAUUUGUUUAUGCAGAAAAUCUGUAGGUUAUUUACAUGAAGAAGAUAAAAACUUGAAUCAGUGGUCAGUAUAGAGUAAGUACAUUUACUGCUUUGUUUCUUUGCAUAUUACAUUUUUUUUAAGUAAAUAAUGUAAUUGCAGGCGUAAUAUUUCUUGCCAGAUUACUCCACAAGAUGGUGCCACAUUACAAUUAUGGACACUAACUAGCAUGCAAGAGAGUUUAUUUUUGUUCUUUAAGUGCAAUUAGCCGUGAAACAAAAAGAAUAUUCUGAUUCUGUAGUAAAACACACACACACACACACACACACACACACACACACACACACACACACACACACACACA